UGGUCGAAAUCUUGACUACGCCCCUGGUCCCACUCACAUCAAGUGGGGAAAUCACGUAAAUCGUUGUCUCGUGCUAUCUUUCUUAUUCCGCAAUAUCGAUUUUUACAUGGUAUCAGAGCUGCGUCUUUGAUCCACGGCAUUUAUCAUGAGUUUAGACGAGGAGUCGAGCAAGACUCAGAAGUCGAGCAAUGGAUGCGGCGUCGGCGAUCAGGAAGUCCUCCCUUCACAUCUCCAGCUUCAUCAAUCCGAUAGUCCAUCCAACUUGUUUGUUGGGCAGCGCUGGUCGUUUGUACGAGCUGAAACGCAGCAUAAGCUGCUUGCAGCAGGAGAAGUCGUCGGUCUCGACUUUUUAUACGAAGUUAAGCGGUUUUUGGGACGAGAUUCAAUCUUUAAUGCCGCCUAUGUGAGUGGGAUUAGUCCACGGAGAGCUUGAAGCUCUCGGAGAGAAUUUUAUUAUGCUGCAGUUAUUAGCUUAGUGUUCGGCCGCUAUUCCCAAGCUAAUAUAUAUAACAAGAUGACCUAAUUCCACCUACUCGUCACUAGCUACGGACAUUAGAGUGGCAAAUAACAAAGUGACCCCUAUAUAAUUAACAAGUGUCAUAGGUAAUCACAACACCCACAAAAGAGGAAGAAAAAAAAACAUCGCCGGAGUACCCCUCAAGAAAAGAAAAAAUUGCCG